AUGGCUGCCGACGAGGAGACACUUCGGUCACAGCGCGAAGAGGAGUUGCAGCCUCUCCGGACGAAGACCCAUCUGCUUGCGAAGCUUUAUGGCGAUGAGGGAGCCGAUCGCGAUGAGAUCCUGGAGGAAGUGUACACACCAGAGGAGGUUGCAGGAAUGAAGCAGGAGGACAAGGAGUCCGUCCCGAAGAGGUGGCUCUCUGAGCAUGGUGCUUUAGCGAAGACCGUCAGCCAGAACCUCAGGGCCAGCGCUGGCCUUCCCGAGCCGCACAAAGCGAUCAACGACCUGAAGCAGAGCGAGACGGAGGUGGAGGAGCAGGCAGCGCGCAUCGCCCAGAACGCCACGGAGUCCAGGGAUGCUCUCUUUGCCCUGCAGACCUACGAAGAGAACCUCGUGGACAAGAAACGCCAGAUCGAAGAUCUUCGGGGCGCCGCCUCAGCGAAGGUGAAAGAGACCGGAGAGUUGCUCGAAGCGAAAUGGAGAGAGUGCCAGGAGCUCCUGGCACAAUAUCGCUUCGACCACCUCCGCAACGAAUUACUUUACGUCCGGGAGCGAAUCGCGGAAGAUGCUCAUACCAAAACACAGGAGGAGUUGAACACAGCUCGUGAGGCUUGGCAGAUCACCAAGGAGCAGGCCGAGCGCUGCGAAAGCGAGGCCUGCGGCCAAAAGGGUCUUCGGGCACACUUCGGUACUGAAGGCGGUUCAGGGCAGAUGUUGAAAGAUGCAGGUGCAGGAAAUUUGGAAGAUGACGAGUCCCUGGACUUCCCCACCGACCGCGACCUACAGCUGGUGAUGUUGGGCUUUGUUGGCACCUCCGAAGAACAAGUUGAUGAUAUGGAGGCCGCACUGCAACAUGAGCUGGAGACCGUGCGAUGCCUCCUGAAAGCAGGAGCCAGCCUCGAAAAAGCCGGUCUGUUGGGGACGCCCUUGUGCUUAACGGCGCUCGCCGGAGAUUCGGAAGUGCUGCGUUUUCUCCUGGAGUCCAGGGCAAACAUCGAAGCCCAAACCAAUGCCGGCGCGACUCCGCUCCUCCUUGUGACGGAGGGCCUUAGGCCAAAGGCUUCCCUAGAUGUUGCGAGCAUCUUAGUGGAAGCUGGAGCCGUCGUAGACUCCCGGGACAAAUUGGGACGAACCCCGCUGUGGAUAGCAUCACGUCGUGGCCACAUGAAGGUGGUUUGCUUGCUCCUGAAGGCAGGGGCUCGCCCCAGCAUGCGUGACAUUUUCGGAAAGACUCCGUUUGAUGCUGCGCGUGGCCGCAAGCAUGUUCGGCGGCUCCUAUCGAACGCCAAGUGGUCGCGGGCACCGCACGUCAAAGCAAGCCGCCGCCCAUUAGAAAUGGUGCUUCCCAAGUGUGGAGCCUUUUGUUCCGACGCACUCGGCGUGUUAGUUGUUCUCGUAGCAAUCGUCGUUGUGGCAGGGUUAGAAGUAAUUGUAGGGCCAAUCCUAUUUUGGGGGGUUCCUUAUUGUUAUAAUUGUUGUAUAGGGGGCCCCAAAACCCUUUUUCUAAUUAUUAAGGCCACUACAUUACUUCAUUCUGCUGGUGUCAAGAGAGCAAGGUCGCACCUCAGCAUCCGGAUGCGCUCCAGGAUCUGUAGUAUAUUUCAGGUUGGCUUUUGGGCUCUCGAUAUGACGGUUAGGGAUCCUGUAAAAUGUAGGCUUUGUACUCUCAGAGCUAUGGCUCCAGGACGUACAGCGUUUGGCUUCCACAACUCCUGUCCAUGGUUCAUGCUCAUUCUAUACCCUAACCCCCCAGGUACCUACUAUAUAGGGCCCUAG